AUGGCGACGGGCGACGCCUCCCCGCGGGGCUUUUACAGCGCCGAGGCGGCGGACGAAGACCGCGUUUGGAGGCGCCACGCGCGGGCGCCGGAGCUCGAGUCGACGACGGCGCGGUUCCGCGCGGCGGACCUCGCGGGCGACCUGCCGAAGAUCCCGCGCCCGGAGUCGAGGUGCGUCGCGGGCACGACGUGGUCGGGUUCGCGCGGCGCGUGCGUCGCCGACGCGAUCGACGCGCGAUACGGCAUCUCCGCGGCGUCGACCGGCGGCGGCGGUGGCUUCGACUUUCGCGCGCACUUCCCGGCGGUGCUCUCGCUGCUCCUCGCCUUCUCCGUGUGCGUCGUCGUCGUCGCGACGUCGCUCCUGCUCGCCUUUGCGCUGGCGCGCGCGGGAUCCCUCGUCCUGGCGCGCGGGGCUCGGAGGAUCAAGAAGAUCGCGAGGAGGGUGCAGGAGGAUAUGACGCGGAAGAUGAAGGAGGCGGACGAUCCGGCGCGCUCGCGGCGCGCGGGGUACGCGGCGGCCGCCGCCGCGACGAUCGGCGCGCUCGCCGAGAUCUGCGCCCGACUCCUCGGGUGGAUACACGACAGGCUCGACGAGACCUACGCGCGCACGCACGCGACGUCGCGCGUCCCCGCGUCGCCCACCCCCGCGUCCCAAGGCGACGACAACGUCGAUCCCCCGCGCGGCGUCGAGCUCGGCGCCAUCGUGGGCGCGGCGCUCGCGGCGCACGUCCCCACCGGUACAGGCGGGUUGGACCGCGAGCGGCUGCGAUCGUGCGCGACCCAGAUGGCGCGAGCCCUGGCGCGACGCCUCGUUCGGGGCGGGGCGCGCGGAGCGGCGGCGACGGCGACGGCGGCGGAUGAGGAGGAGUUCGCGGGCGCGUUCGUGGGCGCGUGCGAGCUGGCGUGGCGCGAGGGCGCGGGAACGUCGAGGGUUCAAACCCCGACGGGGACGAAAAAGAAGAAGAAGAUUGGCGAACCGCGAGCGAGCGCCGAGCCCGGCGACGGCGCCGGCGAAUCGAGGAGCUCGUCGACGACGUCCUCGCCCGUCGUCGUCGAGGCGUCGACCGUUACCGGAAACGGUUCCCGAAACGGUUCCCCUUCCGGUGCGACGGGGAGCGCGUCGACCACGACGUCCGACGACAAGCCCAUGCGCCCGGCGACUCACCGACCGGUGACGGGGCGGAACGGCCGGGCGACGCGAACGACAAACGAAGAGGGCGUCACGCACGAGGGCUCACCGGGAGGGAGCUGGUUCCAGGGACUCGCGAAGACGUGGGAGACGAUGACGACGGGGCCCGCGGAGCACGCGACCGCCGCCGACGACGACGCCGCCGAAGCCGGCGGCCGAGGAAAGAAAAAGAAUGACAAUGGCGACAACCCCGGACGACGAGACGACCGGAAGCGAUCGUCCGAGUGGGAUUCCGACGACGAAGACGAAGACGAAGACGAUGAGGUCUCCGGGUCCGUCACGACGUCGCCCACGAAGACUUCCUCCUGGGGCCUCGCGCUGCCCGGCGUCGGCGGGUCUCCUCGUCGCGCCAUGCGAUCCAUCAUGCGCGUCGCGUCGGCCGCGGAUGAUAAGCAGCUGCGGGUGCUGGACAUGGCGGUUCGCAUGCGCGAGGUGCUCUCUUCGGAGCGCGCGAACGCGCUCGCGGAGAAGCGACUGACGCUCUCCGCGAGGGCGUUGGAGGCGCAGCGACUGAACCUGGACGUCGCGCACGAGGCGAACGAACUGCACUCGGAGGCGAACACCAUCGCGCGAUCGAGCCUCGAGCGCAAGGACGUCGCCGCGCGCAAAGCCGAGGCGGAGAAGGCGCUCGGGGAGACCCGCGCGGCGCUGGCGGACGCUUUCUACGCCGGACUGGUGGUGGUGUUGUGCACGACGCUCGCGGGGGGUUGGCGCAGGGCGAUGGCGGCGCUGGACUCGGUCAUUGGCGUGUGUCCGAGGCCCGCGGGCGGGACCGGUUUCUCCGGCGCGGCGUGGGCCAUCGUGGGCGGCGGCCCCGGCCCGCUGGACUACGCGUGGUGCGUGACCCGCGCCUUUGUCAGGGCGGCGUGGGGCGGGCUUUUACUCCUGUUUGUCGGGUGGAAGCUCCUCCAGUACAACGUGGUGACCAACUACCAGAGCGCGCCCGCGUUUGUGCUGCUGGUGGUGCUCGGCGGCGGAUGCGGGCAGCUCGGUCGGAGCGCGGUGGACUCGUUGGGUGGGGACGGGGAUUUGUGGCUGCGCAUGUGGGGCGGGUACAUGUGUGCAGCGGCGGCGUGCACGUGGAGGGCGGAUUUCGUGACUUCGGCGUGUCGCAAGAUUGGUCCAUUCGGCCGGUUGGUUUUUUACGCAGCCUUCGGCGCGGUGGCUCCCUUUUGCGUCGGCGCGGCGCCGUUCGAGGACACCUUCGGCGCCUUUGCAGAGUCGCUCAUAGAUCGCGCGAUGUUCUGGGGGGAGACGGUGGUACGAGCCGUCGAGGACGCCGGCGACAUCAUCGGCUUUGGGUUCCUCUGGGGCCCCGCCGGGCGCUGA